AGUUUAACCUAAGUCCCUGGUGUCCUAUUUGUGCGCUCGACGGGUUUUUGUGUGUCCAGAUGCAUGUGCAUCUUGUGCGUAUUGAAAAAAAAACUUUCUCACGGUUAUAGUCAUUGAAGGCGACGUCCUUUUUUACUGAAUUCAUGACAUGUGAUUAGCUUCCUGUACUCUCAGUGCACUGCUCACCCAAAAGUGAUGCAGUAGUUUUUCAAUUCGUGUGUUAAAAAUUGUGAGGUGUAUUAUCACGAUUACCUAUCUACUUCUAGAAGAUAAAAUUCAGCUGCAGCUCAUGUAUUAAUUAAGAAAAAAAUCUGUCUUUACAGAUUAAAAACAAUAGAAUGGAGCCAUCAUGUUCUCAUUCUAGAAGUGAACUAUAUGAAGGGAACAUUAAAAUUGAAUAUGAUAGCAAUGAUGAGAGCAAGACUGAUGAUGAAGACAUGAGCCAGGAGAGUGACGAUCACAAGUGCAAUGUGAUCGUUAAACAAGAAAUGAUUGAUGAUUUAGAGAGGGAGGAUUUUGAACAAGAAAAUCGUAUAUUAAACUGCUCCGGCAUGGUCGUUGAUGCCGCCAAGAUAGGAGCAGCAGCACAUUUCUCUGGGAAUCUUUCUAGUGCCAACUCUAGCUUAGCCUCUAGUUCAGAAACCAUUUCCACACUCUCAAAUAUAAACAAUGAUUAUAGUUUACCGGGGUGUAGUAAAUCAGAUGAAUGCGAAGACAGCAAUAGUACAAUUAAAAGAAUGAUACACUCUCGGACUAUUCAUUAUUCAAACAAUGCUGAAGCUGAUCUUGGAAUUAAGCAGGAGCCAGUAUUUAAAAACGAUUUCAUGAAAACACUUUUGGCCAGUGGCCCAUCAGCACAAGAAAUAAAAGACUAUCCCAAAGGUAAAUUGUACAAAGGAGAUGAUAUGGGAAAUUGUGAUAUGGAUGGCAGCGGUAGAACAAACUCCAAUGCAUCUAGUAUGGGUAGCGGCAGUUCCGAAGGUUUGAAGGACACAUUCACAGUGCCAUCCACUUCCAAUGCUGAAAGACUGUUGGGGCUCAAUGGGAGCAGCAGCUCACAAACUCAUAGGUCACCGAGCUACUCUCGAUAUGACGAUGAUGAAGAGUCUGACGAGGAGGUCCACGAAGACGCCUGGUGCACUUGCCUCUCAUCUCACGAGGAUGACGACGAAACCGAGGAAGACCUGAACGAUGAGCGGCUAUGGAGGAAGAGGCGCUACGACCCCCCGGCGACCCCACAGCUGGCCAAGAAGUUCUGCGGGGAGGGGUCCUCGAGCAUGAGGGACGCGGACUGGAACCUGCCCAGCUGCAGCUCAGCCGGCGCCUUCCAGGGACCCCCCGAGAUGAAGAACUGGCUCAACAGGUUCCAAUCGUGGUCCAACUCGGAGAAGAUCCAGGCUAUAGACGCUCUCAUCAGCCGCUGCGCCGCCGGCCACGUGCGCCAUAUGAUGAAGGCCAUAGAGCCGCUCUUCCAACGCGACUUCAUCUCGCUGCUUCCUAAGGAGUUGGCCCUGUCAGUUCUGGGGUAUCUCGGACCGAAGGACCUGCUGCGCGCCGCACAAACUUGCCGAUAUUGGAGAUUCCUAGCCGACGACAACCUGCUAUGGAAGGAGCAGUGCCGGCGCAUCGGCAUCACCAAGCUCAAGAAGAUGCCGCGAGCCCUCCCUCGCACCGCCAGCCCUUGGAAAGCAGCUUACAUGCGCCAAUACCUCAUAGAGAACAACUGGCUGCACAAGUCGGUGGUCCACCCGACCGUCAUGAGAGGCCACGACGACCACGUCAUCACGUGCCUCCAGUUCUACGGGAACAGGAUUCUGAGUGGGUCGGACGAUACUACGCUGAAGGUCUGGUCGGCUAUCACUGGGAAGUGUCUGCGCACCCUAGUCGGUCACUCCGGCGGCGUCUGGUCGUCCCAGAUGGUGGGAGACCUCGUGAUCAGCGGCUCCACGGACCGCACGCUCCGCGUAUGGAACGCCAAGACGGGCCAGUGUCUGAAGGUCUUAGCCGGACACACUUCGACUGUUCGCUGCAUGCAUCUCUUCCAGAACAGAGUGGUGUCCGGCUCCCGCGACGCGACUCUGCGCGUGUGGUCGAUCCCGGACGGCCGCUGUCUGCGCGUGCUGGUCGGCCAUCUCGCCGCAGUGCGCUGCGUGCAGUAUGACGGGAAGGUGGUCGUGUCGGGCGCCUAUGACUACUUCGUCAAGGUGUGGAACCCCGAGACCGGCGAGUGUCUGCAUACGCUGGCUGGGCAUACCAACCGCGUUUACAGCUUGCAGUUCGACGGAGUGCACGUAGUCAGCGGCUCUCUAGACACAUCCAUCCGCGUCUGGGACGUGGAGUCGGGCCAGCUGAAGCACACGCUCAUCGGCCACCAGUCGCUCACGUCCGGCAUGGAGCUUCACUCCAACAUACUGGUGUCGGGGAACGCUGAUUCAACGGUGAAGGUGUGGGACAUCAGCACCGGGAACUGCCUGCACACGCUGUCUGGACCGAACAAGCACCAAUCAGCCGUAACCUGCCUGCAAUCCAGCAACCGCUUCGUGAUCACCUCAUCAGACGACGGCACGGUGAAGCUGUGGGACGUGCGCACCGGCGAGUUCAUCCGCAACCUGGUGGAGCUGAGCUCGGGCGGCUCGGGCGGCGUGGUGUGGCGCAUCCGGGCCUCCGCCACCAAGCUGAUCUGCGCCGUCGGCAGUCGCAACGGCACCGAGGAGACCAAGCUGCUGGUGCUCGACUUCGACGUGCCCGGGGCGUGCCGCAAGUGCGAUGAUUAGCAUCGACUCAACCGGCGCCUGUUGCGCCGCUACGUCAACCUCUACGCGCCGUGGCACUGUUAAGUUAACCCGACGGAUGCGCCGAAACCUAGUCUUUAUGCGAAAUCAAUUUGCUUACUUACUUGUAGUUCUUAUCGUGUUUUUGGCCGUCGCGUUUACUCGGCUAGUACGGUUUGUAGUUGGUAAGUAGGUUUUCGCAAUCAGCGUACGAGUUGUACGGUUUUUGGUCAGUGUUGGCUUCGGCGCGCGGUUCGGUGGCAGUGUGGCGGCGUGGGUUGACGUGUGAGUCCAGCAGACCACCCACCGCUGCCUGGCGAUGACGUCAGAUGUCUACCCGGCAUUAUGGGCUCACAUGGAACAUAUGAACAAUUGAUAGUUAAGUGUAACUUUACCUUUAUGAUACGUACUGAGAUUAAGUUUAACAUACUCAGUACGGUGAACAAUUUCAAUUUACUCCAAUUUAGCAUAACUGGAAGUGUUCAGUGGAUUUCAGCUGAGGGUCACUAGCGUACGCCAAACCCUAACUAUUUGUAAUUUCAUUCAUCAUCCCGAUCCCAAAGAAUUUACUGAAAAUGUGGAUGAUAGUUGUAAGGUUUAGUAUGUCUAAGGCCCAUUUAAUGAAAACUGAUUUCAAUUCUGAUUUGAAUUAUAAUGCGUAAUUAUUUUUUAUUCAAUUAAUUUAUACAUUCAUAAUAGUUUUAUUGAUCUUUUAAUUCUUAUUUUAACUUCUGACAUAUUAAUUCAAUCAUAAUCUUCUGACAUAUUAAAUAAUUAAUUAAUUUUAUUCAUUAUAAUGGUAUUAUUUUCAAUUACUUAUCUGUCAUUUUUGUAAUAAUUAUGAUGUCGUAUUUUAAAUAAUUAUAAUUGUACCGAUUCAGUAACUAUUUUCAAUAAUGUCUAACUAUAGUUUAUAAUAGAUAUGAUAAAGCAAAACCAUAAUAUGUAUGUCUAUAAGUAACGUAACAGUUCAGCAUUUCGUAUAGCCUGCCAAACCAUAUGCAUAGUCGUUGUCUGAGUCAGAUCUGCAGUUCGUGUCUACUUUGUGUCUAUAUUCAUAGUAUGUAUGUGUUACAUACACAACAACUUGUAGUCGUUUAUAUUAUCUUGAUAUAAUGAUUAUGCAAUAUUAUUAGGGAGUACAAGGUAUUUAAUAUACUCCCGCAUACUAAUACUCUAAGUAUGUAUGUAUCAUCGACUUUAAGGAUUCAAUAAUAAUAACUUACAAUAUCAUAAUAAAGCAAUGUAUUCCAAUAUAAUCAACGCAUAUUAAUCAAUGGUAAUGUUAUAGGAUUUUCUAUGUAACGUUUGUAUUCUUUUUAAUUUAAUGUUCGAUCCGAAAAUACUAAAACUAUAUUUUAGUUUGAAUGGCGAACACACCUUUCCGUAUUUAAACUUUAUUAUAUUUCGUUUAUUUUAUGUGUUUAUAUACUCUUAUGUAUGUGUUAGUAUAGCCACUAUCAUAAUCACUAUUAUAUAAAAUUUAAUUCAAAUAAAAUGUAAGUCGGUAUUAAUGUAAUGAUUGAAAUGAAUUGUGAACAUGUUGAUAAUGAUAAUGAAUGAAGGGACACAGUUGGCGGCGAGUGUUCUCACUCGCGUGUGAUGGGGUAUGCUGUAUUUCAGUAUCUACUACAUUGUGUAUAUAUUAUUUUCUGGUCGGGAGGCCCUCCUCUAAAUAGCUACGACCUAAUAAUUAAACAAAGACUGAAGCAUAGUUUUAGUGUAAUACUUUAAAUAUGUAUGUAGCUACUCCUGUGUAUUACUAUUCGUCACAAUUUGAAAUUCAUUUGUGUUUACUAUGACAUUGUGGUGGCCCACAACACCAGUCCUACAGUACUUUCGGAAGUACGUUUUGAUUUGGUCAAGACCUCUAGUGGAUGGUAGUAGGAUGUUGGUAGUCCUCGUUUAUAUUAUGUAACAAGUAUUAUGUCCAUUGAUAUGGAACUAUAAGGUUCGGACGGAUAUUUUCACGGGUAUUCAUAAUUUUGCCAUAAGCCUUCCAUAACCCUCUACUGGUACCUACAUAUGUGUUCGUAAAAAAUGCCUGAUGUAAUUGUGAAUAAACGAUGCAAUACGUUUUAAGUGAAGUUACAUAUCAAUGUAAGACGGAAAACUGUUAUAUUUUAAUUGUUUGUGGUUAUAAGUGCCACGUGUAUUUUUUAUUAGCGUUAGUGUUAGUUAGGUAUUUUAUGCAAUUAGUCUCAUUAGGUAAAUUGUAAUAUUACGUUUCUCAUUAAAAUGCCACUUGAAUUAAUUGAUAUGUAUGAUAAUUGAUUGUAAGUUUCGGUGUAAUUGUUUUGUUUAUAGUUUGUUUCGGUUUAUUUUUGAGAUUACUGAUGGAAUAGAAUCCAAAAGAAGCAUGUGUAGGCGGGCCACUAAAUUCAUCUUGUAAUAAUGAUUGGUUUUUCCCGAACAUGGUAAUUUAGCCUGUAAGACCGUAUUUGGAAUUUGUAUUUAUUUCGCCGUAUAGUGUGUAACCUCUUCUGCCAAACUGUUUUAUCGUGUUCCGAGAUGACUGUCUUCGAUGGUGAAACUGCUGUUCUGUUGGACUUGGUCAUUGUGAUUCCUUACUCCAUCACCAUGGUGGUAGGCGCCAGAGAGAUCGCCGCGAGGCCAGACUGCCUCAGACUGGCCCCGAACGAAAUAAACCGUUUGGCUUCAGUGAGAGGGCUUAUUUUAAUCAUAAUUAUCGAUGCCACCUAUUUUGGCAUUAAUAAUAUCCAAUAAUAUUUAAUGUAAACAACGUGUGUUCCAUGGAAAUGAUUAAGUUUUAGACAAUAGUAUUCAUUUUAUCUGAAUAAUAAAUUAAGAUGGUUCGUUCCAAUCAAGGCAUUGUUUUUUUUAUAUUUUAAGUUGUUUGUGUAUGUGUCGUGUAGCAAUUGAUAAUAGGAUACUCAAUUGAAUUAAUAAAAUAUAAUUUUACGCCUAAUGGCUCAUUUGCAGCACAAUAUGCGAGAGUGUUGUCAGUUAUUUUUAGUUUUCUUACUUCCUUUCUUAGCUUUUUAUUGUAAUUAUUAAUUAAUAAAAUAAUUUUGUUUUCAUGA